AUGGCCGUUGUCUCCGGCACGGUGGAAGACACAAUCCGAAGGGUUGUCGAUGCCUUGGUUGUUGCCUCUUUUGAAGAGUGGUCAGCUACUUUUAUUGAAACUAAUGAUAAAAUCCGUGGCGACGUUCUCCGAUCAACACUCUUCAUUCCAGACAUCUCGGCCAACUUGUCCGGUUGCGAAGACAGACACAAGGUGGCUGCGUACCACAUUGUCACGGAGAGACUUGAAUAUUUUGAUCUUUUCUCCAAGCCAAAUCAAACGCGAUUACCGACUCUUCUCAAGGACUACUCAAUUGUGGUAACCAACAAUUCAGAGUCUGGUUUUAGUGUUAACGGCAUUCUCGUCACAGAAACUGAGGUCUUUGUCGAUAGAUACAUUGCCAUUCACCGCAUUGCAUCACCCCUGGAUUUCAAAACGUACGGUCGAACUGACUCUUAA